AGGCUGGCUGCGAGCUUGCGGCUUCCGGGAGCGCCCGAAGUCCGUGGAGGAUCUCCCAAUCCGCGGCCGCCGGCGGCCCCAGCACAACGCGCACCAGUGCCCGCAGGGCCCCGAGUCGCGACAAGGGCGCGGGUCCGGCUCCUCCUCCUCCCCAGCCGGCGCGCAUCAACUGAGAGCCUCGGAGCUAGGCGGGCGCCCGGGCCGCGGCGCGGAUGAGCCGCGGCGGCUGAGGACUCGAACGGUUUCUGCCCGGCGCCCAGGGCACGGGGGUGCGCGGGUGACAUGGGGGUGGCCUGACUCGCCGGGCCCGGAGCACUCUCUCCGGCCGCGGGCCCUCCUCCUCGGCGGCGGCGCUGUGCCCCGGCGCCCGCCGAGCUCCGCCGCGCUCUAUGCGCCUCUGCGGGAGCCGCGGGCCCUGGCCAUGGCGAUAGACCGGCGGCGUGAGGCGGCGGGUAGCGGUGCCGGGCGGCAGCCCGCCCCGGCGGAGGAGAACGGCUCCCUGCCGCCCGGGGACGCGGCGGCCUCGGCGCCCCUCGGAGGGCGCGCGGGCUCCGGCGGCAGCGCGGAGAUCCAGCCACUGCCUGCGCUGCACCCCAGCGGCGGCCCGCACUCGAGCUGCUGCGCGGCGACAGCCGCCCCGAGCCUCCUGUUGCUGGACUACGAUGGCUCCGUGCUGCCCUUCCUCGGGGGCCUGGGCGGCGGCUACCAGAAGACCCUGGUGGUGCUCACCUGGAUCCCGGCACUGUUCAUCGGCUUCAGCCAGUUCUCGGACUCCUUCCUUCUGGACCAGCCCGAUUUCUGGUGCCACGGGGCCGGCAAAGGCACCGAGCUGGCGGGUGCCACUGUCACCGGCCGAUGGGGUGACAUGGGCAAUUGGACCAGCCCCUCGGCCACCCCUUUCUCUACUGCCUCCUGGGGGACCACGAGCAACCGAAGCAACAGCAGCGACACACCACCCCUCCCAUCCCCUCCAGGCAAGGGGAACAACGACUCAAAUUGCGACUGCCACGCGUGGGACUACGGCAUCCGCACUGGUCUCAUCCAAAACGUGGUCAGCAAGUGGGAUCUUGUGUGUGAUAAUACCUGGAAAGUCCAUAUCGCUAAGUUCUCCUUACUGGUUGGAUUAAUCUUUGGCUACCUAAUAACUGGAUGCAUUGCUGACUGGGUUGGCCGACGGCCUGUGCUGCUGUUUUCCACCAUCUUCAUCCUCAUCUUUGGACUGACUGUGGCACUGUCAGUGAAUGUGACAAUGUUCAGCACACUCAGGUUCUUUGAAGGAUUUUGCCUGGCUGGAAUCAUCCUCACCUUGUAUGCAUUACGAAUAGAGCUAUGCCCUCCAGGAAAACGGUUCAUAAUUACCAUGGUGGCGAGCUUCGUGGCCAUGGCAGGCCAGUUUCUCAUGCCGGGGCUGGCUGCGCUGUGCCGGGACUGGCAGGUGUUGCAGGCCCUCAUCAUCUGUCCCUUCCUGCUCAUGCUGCUCUACUGGUCGAUUUUCCCUGAGUCUCUCCGAUGGCUAAUGGCUACCCAGCAAUUUGAAUCAGCAAAGAAGUUGAUCCUGUACCUUACUCAGAAGAACUGUGUGAGCCCUGAGAGUGAUAUCAAGGGAGUGAUGCCAGAGCUAGAGAAAGAGCUUUCACGGAGGCCCAAGAAGGUGUGCAUCGUGAAGGUGGUGGGGACGAGGAACCUGUGGAAAAACAUCGUGGUUCUCUGUGUGAACUCGCUGACGGGGUACGGGAUCCACCACUGCUUUGCAAGAAGCAUGAUGGGCCAUGAGGUGAAGGUGCCGCUCCUGGAGAACUUCUACGCUGACUACUACACCAUGGCCAGCAUUGCACUGGCCUCCUGCCUAGCCAUGUGUCUGGUAGUCAAGUUCCUUGGGCGCAGGGGAGGGCUGCUGCUCUUCAUGAUCCUCACUGCCCUGGCCUCACUUCUACAGCUUGGGCUCCUCAACUUGAUCGGCAAAUACAGCCAGCAUCCAGACUCAGAAUUGCAGCUGAAGUUGGCCGUAGGGAUGAGUGACAGCGUCAAGGACAAGUUCUCCAUUGCGUUUUCCAUCGUGGGAAUGUUUGCAUCCCAUGCGGUGGGGAGCCUCAGUGUCUUCUUCUGUGCAGAGAUCACUCCCACAGUGAUAAGGUGUGGUGGGCUCGGGCUGGUGCUGGCCAGUGCAGGUUUUGGCAUGCUGACAGCGCCCAUUAUUGAGCUGCACAACCAAAAAGGCUACUUCCUGCACCAUAUCAUCUUCGCCUGCUGCACGCUCAUCUGCAUCAUUUGCAUACUCUUGCUUCCUGAGAGCAGGAACCAGAGCCUGCCUGAGAAUAUUGCCAAUGGGGAACACUACACACGGCAACCACUGCUGCCACACAAGAAGGGAGAGCAGCCCUUGCUGCUCACCAACGCGGAGCUCAAGGACUACUCGGGCCUGCAUGACGUGGCUGCAGUGGGUGAUGGGCUGCCAGAGGGGGCCACUGCCAAUGGCAUGAAGACUAUGUAGCUCGCUGGACCACGCCACCAUUCCACCAGUCCCCCCCGGGGCUUGAAGGGCUGGGGAGAGUUUGCACACAGGUUUACAGACCAGGGAGGAAGUCCAUCUCUGCUGCUGACUCCACUCAAUUGUGAGACUUUCAACCGGUGUGGGGAAUUCUGUCUUUCCAGACAUCCGAGGAACACAUCUGAGAAACCAGAUGCUCUGGAAAUAACCCUCUGAAGACUUUCUUUUCUGCCAUUCAAUGUUUGUAUUUAUUUUGGUCAUUUUUACGAGAAGCACUUUAUCCCCUUUCCCCCUCCACUGAUCAUGAAGCAGAACCUCCUUCAGGAGUGAGGAAGGGUCACUCUGAGGAAGUCCCUGUAAGUGACCAAUGCAGUGGCCAGUCCCCUCCCUGGAGGCCAGACUCAAUUUCCUUCUCCACUCAAGGAGACAGAGGUCAUCUGUAGGCCAGGACCCCUACCUCCAGGCUCCCUGCCAUGGACAGCUGUGCCUCUCAAGCAGAGAGUCCUUGGGACUACAUUUUACACAGAGGAAAAUGUACAUGAAUUGUUGUUUUUCUUUUUUUCUUUUCCUAGAGUCUGUAUAUUUUAAAGUUGGAUUCUUUACUUUCUGUUUGUUAGGUAGUUUCCAUGCUGUGUUGGGAAAACAGCCCCCAGAUGUCAUUCGAGCCAGCUUAAUCUUUCUUUCCUUCAGGAUCAUCCUUUUGUACUUGAUCUGGAAGUUUUUGUGGGGAAACUUCCAUACUUCACCAGAAAUCCUACGUGAUGAGAAAGCGCCAGUUCCCGACGCCGCCCGCCCGGUUUGCUUAGUUAAGUCCACAGCAGCUGUUGUGUUGAGGUGGGAGCCAUGUUUGUUUCUGCUAAGACACUUUCCUUGACUGAGCUCCAGCAGCAAAGGUCCCUCUUCCCCAGCCAGCCCUGUUGCCAGUACUACUUGAAAAUGUGGCCACCUCCAGAACUCCAAACAAAAGGAAAAUAACAGAAAAAGGCAACCAAGGCAAAUCCCAGGAGGGAGCCUCGAUGUCCCACACAUGGCCGCCACUCACGUCUCCAGCACAUACCAUAGAGAGCUCCAGCUUGGAUGGCUGCCACUCUGACAUCACAACAGUGCCCACAGCACCUGGAGGCGGUCCACCUCAUGUCUUCCUCAGUGGCUUCCUGCCUGUCACUCACUCAGCACAAAAGGGCCCUCCCUGGGCAGGAGUGCAGGUUGCUCACAGGUGAGUCCACGUGGCCUCUAGUCCCUUGAAAGCAGCAAGAAGUGAGAGAAAGCAAUAACUCACCAAAGCUCAACUCCCAUCCUGUACCAGCCUCCCAGGACGUCCUUAUCUGUGUCCCUCAUCUUGCCCCAGACAGCAGGGCACCAGGGCUGCUAAGAAACCAGCCUCUGGACCUCUUGCAGCAGCUCAGGCACCAGCUUCUCUGGGCGUCGUGGCUUCUUAUCAACCAUCUGCCUUGCCUCUUGCCAUGCGUCUCUCCCAUGUGCUCUUCCAGGGAAAUCAUGGCCUCGGGCCUAUGUAGGCAACAAAGUGACUUCUAAAUGACAGUUGCUAGAAUUCAAAGGCCAGAAAAAGGGUUGAGUUGAGCCCCUUCCAGCUCCUUGUCUGAUCUGUUUCUUACAGUCUUACCCACUUCUCUUCCACAUCUGAUAGAGACAUCGGUGGAAUCCAGCCGCCUUGAUCAAGCCCUCUUGAGAGUACUGAUUCCAUAUGCAACCAUGUUUCUGGCAGCUGGCCUAUGUUCUCUUUGAUGCCUGGGGUCCUGAGUGCUUUGCUUGAGGACCAAUGUGUCUAGGAGGACGGCCAUGUGGCCAAUCCUUGAUCCCCAUUUUAAGUCCAGCUUACCUUCCCUCUUCCUGGUCUCUUAGUCAUCCCUCUUCCACGCCUUGAGGUUAGUACACAUUCUCUUUCCAAAGCCUCUCUAGAUCUGUGCAGCCUUUGCGUGCCAAACUUGUAAGAUACCUUUCACCUUUCCCAGGUACCUGCUACCAAGUCACCUGGCAGCAACCUUCUGUUAAGUACAGAAUGGGACAUUUGCAUAGCCAUGAGCAGUCUUACACUGGUUGUGUUGGCCUGCAGAAAUCACUAGGUUAGUGGUGUCAAGGUAUAGCACUUCUAAACUUCUUUUCAAGGUCUCCAAUCUCCACCUCGAAUGACAGUGGUAAAAACACUAGGCCAAUGCAGACAGUGUUAAUGGCUGCAUCGACCAGAGGCAACCCAUCAGGGAUUAGCAAGGAAGCUGCCACUGAGGCAGGGGCCAGAGGACCAUCAACCAGAAGGCAGACUGCUGGCAGUGUCUUAUGCCAGCCUCAGGGAAAGGCUGAGCAGUUCAGUUUCUGCUUCAGUGCAUGGACACCCGAAGUUGCUAGAACACCUUCAUGAAAGAUAGCCAAAGCAGGAAAGCUUGCUUGUCAGCCAGCUUGCUGUGUGGUCUGACCAAGUGAGAAAGACAGCAGGACACCCAGGCCUCAGACACUCUGACCUAGCUCCAGAGGACGAUGGCCACAGCCCAGCUCCCUGGUACCAAGCUGUCAUCCCUAAACUUGGCGCUUUGCCCCUUGUGGGCGGAUGCUCCUCAAGCACUGGCCCUUUCUGUGGGGCCCCUCCCUCCCUGGAGAACAUUAAAAGGUCUUACUCGCCACCCAUUCCUACCCUGUUUUCAUAAGUUAUGCACAAAUGUCAACAGCUGAGACGGGGUGGGACAAGUUCUUCAUUUUGCUCUUUAUUAAGUCAAAUAUUAUGGAAAUAUCUACUUAUUAGCACCCAAGACAAAUAGGGAAAAGGUUUAGAUGUUUUUGUGUUUUUAAGACUAUAACCACCUGCAACUGGAGGACAGGGCUGAUAAACGGGUUUGGCCACAAAAUGGAAAGCAAGCAAAAUCAGACCUCGUAAGGGGAGUAUCACACACAGUCACGACUACUUCCCAGAGCCAAACCAGAAGUCCCUGAACUAGAAGUGCCAUUCAAAGAAUCUUGUGACCAUCACACACCCAGCCCCUGGGUGGCACAUGGGUUGAGGGAGGCCCACACUUCAACUCCUCCCUGUUCUGAAGGACACCACCUCACUCUAAUGUAUUGUGUGUUUUAGAGAAACAAUAUGGUGUGUUGUGUCUAGUGAGGAACGCUUCCCUACCUCUGUCCUUUCUGCAACCCAACCAUGCGUGCUUUUCCUCUAAGAGCCGCGUGACUGUACGUGUCGACGGGGGCGGUACCUGUUCACAGCACAAGUUUAUGUUGAGCUCUGAAGUGUCAUUCACAGCUGCGUGUCUGCAUGGUGUCGCAUCUGUUGUACCUUUGGGGAAAAUUUGUAUGUAAAUGUACAGAAAUAAAAAUGUUGCCCCAUUAACAGA